GAGGCCGAGCGGGGCUUGGUUACCCCGACCAAUGGGAGGCGCGGUGAGAAGAGGCGGGGCGGGGCUUGGCGUUCUCGGGGGCGGAGGGCGGUUGGGCCUGGCGAAGGCGGACAAGAUGGCGGAGGGCGACAACCGGAGCACCAACCAGCUGGCUGCUGAAACAGCUGGUUUGGAGGAGCAGUUGCAAGGAUGGGGCGAAGUGAUUUUAGUGACCGACAAAAUCCUUCGCUGGGAAAAAGCAUGGUUUCCACCUGCCAUCAUUGCUGUAGUUUCCUUCAUUUUUCUGAUGAUCUACUACUUGGAUCCAUCUGUUCUUUCAGGUGUUUCUUGUUUUGUUAUGUUGCUCUGUUUGGCUGACUAUCUGGUGCCUGCUCUUGCUCCUCGGAUUUUUGGUUCCAGUAAGUGGACUACCGAACAACAACAACGAUUUCAUGAAAUCUGCAGCAACCUGGUAAAAACGCGGCGUAGGAUUGUCGGUUGGUGGAAGCGCCUUUUCACAUUUAAGGAGGAGAAGCCAAAAAUGUACUUCAUGACAAUGCUGUGUUCUCUGGCUGUGAUUGCUUGGAUAGGACAGCAAGUUCAUAAUCUCCUCCUCACCUACCUUAUUGUGAGCUGCUUCUUGUUGUUUCCUGGAUUAAACAAACACGGAAUCAUCUCCAAGUAUGCCGGGAUGGCGAAAAGGGAGGUCAACAAACUCCUCAAGCACAAAGAGAAGAAAAACGAAUGAAGCUCUGUUGCGCCGAUUUUGUGUUCUGGGAACAAUUUAAUGAAUCCUUGUGUGUUUAAUAGUAUAGAAGUGUUUAUUUCAGUAAUUGCCUUUUAACCUUAAAUGGGGUUCCUUCUUCUACAGUUUAAGUAGAAACCGUGUGGUCUUUCAGUCGCACGUGAAUACAGUCUGCUACACAGGUGGGCAGUGUGGCUAAGCCACACCAUAAUGUGAUAAGGUUGUUCAUCAAUAAUAAUUGGUGGUGGUAUUUGUAUGGAGAUAGCCUUUGCUUGGAAAUACUAGCUUAAAAAUAAACCUCUCUUGUUUUUAAGCAUUUUUGAAGAUUCACUGGACUGUCCAUAGAUUUAUGAUAACAUCGAGAAACUUAGGAAGUUCUGCGCCAUGGGCAAUUUAUAUAAACAGGGCUCCUCAACUCUAGUUAGUACCCAAACUGUCAUUCUUUCUGUAUACAACCUACUGCACUGAAACUGUACGGAAAACGAAAAUUAGGAUGCAUGAACAGUCUACUUCCUUGCUUGUUAUUUAAUUUGUGAUACGUAGUUUUGAUAUUGUGCAGCGUGUCUUGAGGAUUUUUAAUGUCUGUAAACAAAAUCAUGUUGGAAAUACUUGAUGUAUCCCAUGUCAGCGAGUCUCAGUAGUUAUUUGUGUUUUCUUAAUGCUGUUUUGUUUUUACUAAUAAUUCACUUUUCUUAAGUAAAAGAGUUGUAACCUGUUAACACGAUAAGCAUCUUAAGCUGGUGUUUGAAAGACACAUUUCUGUCUUAAUUGUAAAUGGAUAAGCAGUGUUGUUGUUGGUUUAAAGAAAUAUAGAAACGUUGGGAAACCUUGAA